UCAGCACGGCAGCACUUCGCUCACCGAUCUCUUUACGCAACUAUCUCGGUCAUUCUCUUUCUCUCUCUCUCUUCUUUCUCCACAUUUUUUUUUUCUUAACUCUUUUUCUUUGAACAUCGCUUACUCACUCCCACCUGCUCCUUUUGAUCGUCUACUUAUCUAUCUAUCCAUCUUACCAACUCCUUUCUCCCUUCACCCAACUUUGACUCACUCACACCCCUCCUAUCCUUUCUCCCUUCCAACCAACAGUGUCUGUCCCACUCACUCUCUUUCUCUCCCUCCCUCCCUUCCACCCGCCGACGCUCACGCUCUAUAUCUGUCUCUCUCUCUCUCUCUCUCUCUGUUGUUCCGGCGUGUGGCGCGGCGAUUCCGUUUCAGUCGCUGUGCCGGCGCUGUUCGCGGUAUCGGCCAUGCGUAUACACACGCGACGAAAUGUGUAUCACGAAGGACGGAGUGUGCGUGCUGAAUGACGAAUGAGUGGCACUUAAGGAAAACGGAAGCAUCGCUGGUGAUCGUCGACUGCGCGAGCCGCCGCGAGUUCGAUGAUCCGUUAGUACGUCGUCGCGCACGAUGCGUCGACUGGUCACGUGGAAAUUCGAUUCGAUUCCGACAUCCUGCUUUCAACAUCGUUGUGAACGAUCCGACUAAUUCGUCGUCGAACGAAACCGACAAAACGGGGUUCAAUUUCGCGAUCGGGAAAGUUCUUUUGAACAUCGUCGACAAGAUUCGACCGAAAAGGUUAGGUUUGCACGAAUAUGGAAACCAUGAUUAUGUUCCGUGAUUACGUAAGCUAAUUUUUCUACUGCACGUAGCCGGAUCCGUGAUUUAUUAAUGGCAGUGCAGUGAUUGAUCAAACAUUUUUUCAUAAAUAAAACUGAACAAAUUUGUAAAAAAGAAAAAAACAACUACAGCGUAACCUAUUGUUUAAACGCUAUUUUGACAAAGUGCCAGUGUUCGUUUCAAUUGAUCUGAUAUGAACGAAGGAAAACUUUUGCAUAGUCGGGUUGAAAAUUUCAAUGACACCGUCGAUAUCGCGACUAUUUCGUGACAAAUUAUUAUUCUAGUGGUACUUACCCACUCUCGUACUUGCGGCUGGUUUUCAACUUAUUUGUUCCAUUGCGUGGCUCCGGAACACGCGUUGUAGCGAUAAACAUUGUGCAAGUAACUCGUUUGUGGAGCGUUUCGUCGAGUAAGCGUAAUGGUAACUGAAGAUUCGAGGUGACGCGUCAUCCCUCCAAAACGACGAAUAUCCGGCGAGGUGCGAGAAUGAAUGUUUUUACGUCGAGUUUCGUCGAGACGAUUCGGAAGAGAUUAGAUGAUGUGCAACGGAGAAGAAAAGGUCACGUGAUCUCGACGCGGGUCCAAUAGACGCGUUUGAUUGGUAGCUGCGAGUCAACUGUUGACGUGGGUCGCUUUGACAACUACGGGGUAUGUUUUUCUCAUAACUGAAACGCAUUGAGCGCGGUACAUAUGUAUAUUUAAAACAGUUUGGUCAGUUUCUCGGUUUUUCGUCAUAAUUCGUUGUAUCAAACACGGGCACGCGUUACAAUUUCUAUCUGCGUGUGCACAAUUUCCACGAAAAUUACCCGCCAUUUCUUGACUAGAGUAGUCACUCGCCGGAUAAUUAGAACGCCAUCUUGAUUAGUUGGAAAAAUUUCAGACGGUGUUCUUUUGUGAAGUUUCUAGUUUAGUGAAAGUGCAGUUACGAUUGAUGAAAAAGACGAUUGGGAAGAUAUAUCGCUGCGCUCGAGCUGGCACGACUUUGAGGCUGGUAUCGCGAAAUGUACCGGAAACGAUGGACCGUGAAGGCGCUACGAGUGGAUUUACGGUAUGGUGGCAAUGGGAGCGCUUGGUGCGCGGCGCCUGCUCUGGCCAAGAUGAUCUGCAUUUUCUUCUUCUCGAUACUGUUGCACGAGGAAGCUGUGCACAGUACUCGGUUGGUCGAAACCGACACUUUCCAGGAAUGGCCGACGCAGCAAAAUUCGAGCCCUUACAUUGAUACGUCGGUCCCGUCGAACGUGACGGGCCUCGUUGGGAAAACCAUCGAGCUCCUCUGUAAAGUGAAGAACCUCGGCAACAGAACUGUAUCGUGGGUAAGACAUCGAGACAUCCACCUGCUGACGAUCGGUCGAUACACCUACACGAGCGAUCAGCGUUUCGAGGCGAUGCACACUCCGCACGCGGAAGAAUGGACGUUGAGGAUACGAUAUCCACAGAAGAAGGAUUCCGGUAUAUACGAGUGCCAAAUAUCCACCACUCCGCCGAUCGGAUACUCUGUUCAACUGAACGUGGUCGAGCCGGUCACAGAGAUCGCCGGAGGCCCGGAUCUGUUCAUCAACAAGUACAGCACGAUAAACCUGACGUGCCUGGUCAAAUACGCUCCGGAGCCACCGUCCACGGUCGUUUGGAGCCACGAUCACGAAGCGAUUACCUUCAACACGCCGAGGGGUGGCAUCAGCCUGAUCACGGAGAGAGGGCCCGUGACUUCCAGCCGUUUGCUCAUUCAGAGAGCGAUCGAGGAAGACGCCGGACUGUACACCUGCUCGCCGAGCAACACACAUUCCAGCAGCGUGCACAUUCACAUCGUGAACGAGCAUCCGGCAGCGAUGCAUCACGGCAGCGGCGGCAGAGUGGCUGCGACCCUACUCACCCUCGUUCUACUUCUUUUCAUGAUCAUUUAGCCGGUGCUUGGUUUUCACGGAUGGUUUUAACCGCGGCGCAAAUUGCCUGUUAUCAACCCACGUCGCGUCGAUCGAGUUUGUUUUCGUUCGAACGACGAACGUAGUAGCUCGUCUAAGCGUCGUCGUUUUCGCAUCGAUCGUGAGAAUAUGAGGUUCGACACGAAAAAAAACAAAAGUAAAGAAGAACGAGACUGUGCUUAUAACGUUCCCGCGAUAGAACUCCGUUCAUAUGAACUCUAUUUAUUUCAAUGUAAUUUUAGUCGCUACUCGAUUAAAUGAACGUUUGCUUGAAUAAAUUAACUGAACCGUUUGCUUGAAUAUUAGAUGAACGAAAAAUUGAAUAUUGACGCAAACGAUCAAUCACUGACAGAAAAUAAAGUAGGACUAAAAGCAAAAUUAUUACACGAAAUGACACUAAUACUAAAGAAAAAUAAAUGAACAACUUCCGUCAGAAAAGUCUCCAACUAUACAAAUUGAGUAUGGCAUAAUACAUAUUUCCAAUUAUUUCAAUUUUUCUAGACGGAUUGGAAAAUAUCCCAUCCUCUGUAUCAGGAUAUUUAAAUACGUGUCUACUUGUACUGAACGAAGCAAUUUAUUCCAAAAUUCUGAUUCUUUGCUCCAAAAUUAGUUUGAAAGAUCAGUCUCGUUCUUUUUGUGUCGGACCUUUUGAAUGAGAAACCAUGUAAGCACUUCCUUGCAUGUUGUGAGAAUAUUUUCAUGAAAAUAUUCGAUACUUCAUUUCUUCUUAAAGUGUAAUUAUCUUUUAGGUAUCGUGACAGUUGACAAUGAAUGAAUUUUCCUUUCUCACGGUUUCGCGUGACCGACCCCCCCAAUGGACAAUCUCUGUAGAUAUUUGAUACCGGGCUCGUGCGAGAUCUGUGUAACUGAAUGCUUUUACAUUCUGCUCGUAUCAAGUCUCUCGUCGAUUCUUUGCAUGUUUUAUCUUUUCAUCCUUCGGCCAUUCGUUUGAGCUCCCUUGACUUUCAUUCUUAUUGCUUUCAUUCUUUAGCUGUCUUUCCCAUUCCUGACACUGUGACAAUCAAUGACACUACUAUGAUACUAUUACGUAGAUUUUCAGCUGUUAGUGGCCGUCUAUUAUAAUAAAUUCAAAUGCGAAUUUAUCAUUCUAUGACAUUUCGUGGAAAAUCAGUCUAUCAAAAAGAAAAAGAAAUAAUGACGAAUUACUGAAGGCUUAGAUAUUUAAUUGUUAAUUGACGCUUUUUGUCAAUAAAUAAUAUUCUUUCGUGAUGCUGAACACUAAACAGCAAUCUGAUACUGAAUAAACUACAAUAUAAUGCAAGUUCUCAAAUUUUAAUUUUAAUAUUAAAAAGACCAAAAAAUUCGUGUUACAAUAUCGCAGUAUUUUAUUGUCAUAGUUUGUAAUCGAGUAUGUACAAUAUUCGAGGUGUGCCCGUAUAUGAUUUUAUAUUCACUUAUCUACACUCUCGCUUAAAAGUCCAAAGCGCAUUUUAGUUUUUGAAUUAAAAAGUUCUUCGUACAUUAUAAUUGAAUAAUUAUCUAGAAUCUAGAUAAAAUAUAUAUAUUUCAUAAAUUUUUUACAGUGAAACGUAAGAGCAACCUACAUUCCUGACUCGAACUUGUAAUUUCAAGUAAUAAAGAUAAUUUCAAAGUAUUACAGAAGAAAGUUUCUUUAGUUGCUGAGCAAUGAAUUAUUCUUACGUUUGAAUAUGUCUCGAGUUUUAUGAAAUAUAAUAUAUUCCUUUCUUCUAAACAUCCAUGCUCUUUGGAUUUUCGAACCUAACUGUUUAAAAAUAAUACAAAAUAGAAUGAAAUAAUUACUUAUGCCUGAAGUAGUUAUUUUUCCUGAAUUCUUAACAUGUUCCAUAUCUUUGAGCGAGAGUGUGUUUGUUCGCUAUUUCAAUCUGCUUGUUUCUUAUAGAUUCAUAGGCAGGUUACUAAAAUCAGAUUUUCUAAAUUCUCCGACAGUAGUUGCCGAUCCGACGAACGUAACCGAUCGUUACGGUGCCAACAGCAGCAGAAAAUCUCGCGUUAUCUCGAAAUAUGUACGUGAGCCAAUUGUACGUUGAAAAAAAAGAAAAAAAGAAACGUGCAGCACGGCGAUACAA